UAAUGUACUAUGUCCGGAUCCCUACUAAGGUGAUUGUGUUCCGUCUGUCUAGAUUUGGGUCAUUUUCUGAUAAUAAUUCGUGCCUCAGAAGACAGAACAUGAUUCGACAUCUUAUUCUCAUUUCAGCAGCUAUUGCCUGUACACUAUGUAAUUGCCCUCUUGACUGGGCAGAAUAUGACGGAGAAUGCCUGUACUUUGGACAUGACAGAAGGGAUUAUCUGGGUUCUCAGAGAGACUGUAAAUCCAAAAACUCGUAUCUAGUUACGGUUGAUAAUGCUGCUAAAGCCACAUUUAUACGACAAGUGGUCAGUGUAAUGCACAGUAACCGUCUGUAUCGUUAUUGGACUGGUGCCUCUGACUUUGCCAUCGAGGGUUCCUGGAGAUGGUUGGAGACGGGAGCAGCGGUCGGUCCCUACACGAACUGGGCUGACGGACGACCAACCAACAACGGAACCUUUAAUUGUAUGAUGAUGGAGUGGGUGGGAGACGAGCUCAAAUGGGUUGAUGUGGAGUGCAACCAUAGAGACACGACGUAUAUAUGUGAAAAACAAAUGAGCAGUCCAUAAAUACAGUCGGUGUAUACAUGAAUUUUGAGGGAAAUAAAAAAAGCAUAAUUAUUUG